CUCUUCUCCCUCACGAAACCCUGCUCCGCUUUCGGACGCCGACGCCGACGCCGACGCCGCCGUCGCUUCAUGACCGUAUGAGAUGGGCGGCGGCCGCCAAGAACGCCCCUUUUCUUCUCCGGAGAAUGGGGGCCUCCUCCCUCCACUCAUCCUCCUCCGGAGCCUCCUUUUUCGAUGCCCUCGGGCUCGCCGCCUGCGAUCGCGUCCUCUCCGUCAUCAGCACCGUGCCGGACUUCGAGCCCCAGCUCGACUUCCUUUCCCCGAUCCUCACCACCGCCGUCGUCGCCGAGGUACUCGCCGACGCCCCCGCCCCCCGCCUCGCCUUCCGCUUCUUCUCCUGGGCCUCCCGCCAGCGCCAUCUCCGCAGCUGGGCCUCCUACAACGGAUGCAUCUCCAUCCUCAGAUCCCCCGGAGGCUUCGACUCCGCCUGGUGCGCCCUCAACGAGCUGAAACAGCAGGGCGUCUCUGUGUCGCCGGCCGCUUUCACCGCGCUCAUAUCUGCCUAUUCGGCCUCCGGACAGGUCGAGAAAGCCGUGGAGGCCUUCGAGAGGAUGCCGGAGUUCAGUAGCCGCCCCAACACAUUUGCCUACAACACCAUGCUUCAAAUCUUCGUCGAAAAAGGUGUGAUUGUUCUUGCAUUGGCAGUUUACAACCAGAUGAUCAAGUCGGAUUGCCGUCCGAAUCGGUCCACCUAUGUCAUUUUGAUGAGUGGGCUGUGCAAGGCUGGGAAGACGGAGGACGCACGAUUGUUGUUCGAUGAAAUGCUACAUCAAGGUAUAACCCCAAACACAGCUGUGUAUACGGUGUUCCUCUCAUCCCUCUGCAAGGCCAACCGGCAUGAUGAAGCAAGUGCGCUGCUGGAAUCCAUGAAGCAGAAGAAUUGCAAACCAGAUUUGGUCACUUACCAUGCACUGUUGAAUGGCUUUUGCAACUCAGGGAAGAUCAGUGAAGCUUUUGAGCACCUGAGAAGAUUUAAAGAGGAUGGCUUUGUGCUAGGAUUAAGUGGUUAUAGUUGUUUGAUAGAUGGAUUGUUCAAGGCCGGGAGGUUUGAGGAAGCGUGUCAUCAUUACAAGGAAAUGCUGGAGAACGAUGUGGUUCCUGAUGUUAAAUUGUACACAAUAAUGAUCAGGGGUUAUGCAAUAAAUGGCAAGGUUGAAGAAUCAUUCUCGUUCUUGUCCGAGAUGACUGGUCGUGGUUUAGUUCCUGAUACCUCCUGCUAUAACACCUUAAUCAAAGGUCUUUGUGACAUCGGACGCUUGAAUAGGGCUCGCUCAUUGGUCUUGGAGAUCUCACAGAACGAUCGAUUUGUUAACUCUGUCACGUACACUAUUAUGAUUUGUGGAUUGUGCAAGGAAGGACUUAUUGAUGAGGCUCACAAGAUAUUUGAUGAGAUGGAAAGUCAUGGUUGCAUCCCAACUGUGAUGACAUUCAAUUCUCUGAUCAAUGGGCUUUGCAAGGCUAGGAAGUUGGAAGAAGCUCGGAUUUUAUUUUACAAGAUGGAGAUGGGCAGAAAUCCCUCUCUAUACCUUCGGCUCUCGCAAGGCGCAAAUAAGAUUCACAACAAGAGCGACCUUCGCCAAGCGGUUGAGGACAUGUGCCAAUCUGGUCAUGUGCUUAAAGCAUACAAGCUUCUGCGUAGUAUCAUAGAUUGUGGGGUGGUACCUGAUAUCGUCACAUAUAACACAUUGGUAGAUGGUUUAUGCAAGGCAGGGAACCUUGACGGUGCUAUCAAACUCUUCAAGGAAGCUCAUUUAAAGGGGCUCUCUCCAGAUCCAGUCACAUAUGGGACACUCAUUGAUGGUCUUUUAAAGGUCCAUAAGGAGGAUGAAGCUUUUGCUCUUCUUCAACAUAUGUCACCAAGUGGUUGUGCUCCAAGUCGAUCAGUAUAUAGUACUCUAAUGAGGACAUUGUGCAGGAAGAAAAGGGUUUCACAAGCAGUUACUCUUUGGUUGAAUUAUCUCUCACAGUCCUUGAAGCUUCCUGAGGAUGCUGAUAAGAUUGCCACGGUGCGGAAACUUUUCUUGGAAGGCAACCUGGAAGAAGCCAUUAGAGGCUUGGUUGAGCUGGAUCAAAAUCAUGGUGUACUUGGUCCGUUCCCCUACACAAUUUGGCUCAUUGGGUUUUGUCAGGUAAGAAAGAUCGAUGAAGCCUUCCUGAUUUUUCAGAUCCUGAUGCAGGCCAAGAUCCAUCCAACCCCUCCCAGUUGUGCACUCCUUAUCAAUUACCUAUGCAGGAGUUGGAAGCUAGAAUCUGCAUUGGAUGUUAUGUACUACACCUUGGACAAGGGAUUCAUAUUCGAUAGGCAAGUGGGAAAUCGCUUGUUGAAGAAGCUCUGCCAGCAAAACAAAAAGGAUGCUGCCCUAGAUCUCGCAGAAAGGAUGCAUCUUUCGGGCUAUGAUAUGGAUGCAUAUCUCCGAGUAACUACAAAAUUUCUGUUGUACUAUUGGCCUGGUGAAAGAUGAGUUGUGAUGCUACGCAAGUGAUUGAACUGAUGAAGAUGCAGUUGUGAUUUUUUUAUUGUUUUUCUUUCUUCACUCAGAACAGGUUGAUUGAUAACCAUUGUUGAAGUGGACAUUUGUGGGUUUCUGUAAGCCACAUCCACAUUCUGUAACAUUAAUGAGGAACUGGUUAUUGAAAAAAAUAUAUAUGAUUUUGAGUUUUGUUGCCCAUGAGUUUA